GAGGUCGUGCCAAUAGAGCGAUAAAUUAACGACCUUGGUACUUAACUACGGCAACCCUAUUCGUCCGGGUUUGUUUGAAAUAUAUAUAAACUGUUGCACAUGGUCCAAGCAUUUUAGUUGAAGAAUUCUCUACAUUCUGAAAAGUUGGAUUUAUAUUUUGUCUUGAAUAUUACUACAUUUUCUCAAAAUGACGAAGGGACUUUUUGUUUUGAUGUUGGCUGUUGUGCUGGGUUGUGCAUUUGCUGCAUCCCCUCCUUUCGAUCCCCUCAUGCCAAACACCGACAACAUACCUCUGUGCAUGCAACCACCUCGAUCAGGUCUCUGCUUGGCUUACAUUCCAAGUUUUUAUUAUAACCCUGGUACAAAAAAAUGUGAAAGCUUCAUCUAUGGUGGCUGCAGUGGAAACGAUAAUAGAUUCUUCUCGGAAGCUGAAUGCAUGAGAGCUUGUGGAGAAAAAAAUCAACCAGGUGGAGAAGAACCUAAAAUAGAACUAGUACCAGUUCCAGAAGAGCCAAAGGCGGAAGAAAACAUAGACAUCUGCAGUCAACCAGCAAGACCAGGUCUUUGUUAUGCCUAUUUCAACAGAUUCUACUUCAAUGGUGAAAAGUGUGUGUCCUUUGUGUAUGGCGGAUGUGAUGGCAACCAAAACAAUUUCGAAACAGAGGAAGAAUGCAAUAAAGUAUGCCCACCUAAAGUAGUGAAAAAUCAACCCCAAAUUGAAGAGUUGCCUGCAAUAGCUGAAGCAGAAGUACCUAAGCCUGAAGAAAAUGUAGAUAUCUGCAGUCAACCCAAACAACCCGGUCUUUGUUAUGCCUAUUUCAACAGAUUCUACUUCAAUGGUGAAAAGUGUGUGUCCUUUGUGUAUGGCGGAUGUGAUGGCAACCAAAACAAUUUCGAAACAGAGGAAGAAUGCAAUAAAGUAUGCCCACCUAAAGCAGUUGAAAAUCAACCCCAAAUUGAAGAGUUGCCUGCAAUAGCUGAAGCAGAAGUACCUAAGCCUGAAGAAAAUGUAGAUAUCUGCAGUCAACCCAAACAACCCGGUCUUUGUUAUGCCUAUUUCAACAGAUUCUACUUCAAUGGUGAAAAAUGCGAAUCCUUCGUAUAUGGCGGAUGUGGUGGCAACCAAAACAAUUUCGACACCGAGGAAGAAUGCAAUAAAGCAUGCCCACCAAAAAUUGUUGAAAAUUUCUUUCCUUUUAGGCAAGGAAAACGAGGCAAAUCAACAAUAAAGACUGUGUGAUGUGCCAUCGACUUACCGCAUAUGAUCUCAUUUGUCCGUUGCUUCAUAACUAUUAUGCUGAACGUAUUUAUUAUGCAUUUACUGUUUCUCUCAUAUACUGUUAGAUAUUAUAAUUUUUAAAAAAUAAAAGUUAUGUUAUUUAUGUUA